AGCCCUUUUCAUUUUUAUUUCUAACCCCCUCUCCAUUCUCCCUGCUGCCUCUGCUCCUUCCCCCGAUGGCUACGAACUGAGCAGCAGAAGAGAGGGGGGGCACAGGAAGGGGGAAAAAAAGCAAGAAAAAGGAAAAGGAAGAAGGGGAGAAAAGGAAAUUUUUUUUUUUUUUUGCCUCUGCCCUUAAUGCCCGCGAUCUGGAUCAAGGAAGGGGAUUUUCUGUCUGAGCAUGAAAAGGACUGCUAGAGCCCCAGGAUUUUCACGCCUGCACUAUCAGCCCCGCACCCAGUAUGCGAGCUGGACAGAGAAGCUCUCCCACAAGUUCCUACCGAGCCGAAUAAAACCCACGGGCGAUCCGAUCUCCGCCAGAGAGGGACAUUAGCAUCAGGACUCCACAGAAUGGAGCAAGAAUGAGAGGAAAAAGGCAGACAGAAAAGCAUGAACUGGAGGCUUGUUGAGUUCCUCUACCUCCUGUUUAUAUGGGACCAUAUACUCGUACAGCCCUCCCACCAGGACCCAGCUGCUACCAACCAACAUGUCUCCAAGGAGUUUGAUUGGCUUAUUUCAGACAGGGGGCCUUUCCACCACUCACGGAGCUACUUAUCCUUUGUGGAAAGACAUCGUCAAGGAUUUACAACCAGAUAUAAAAUAUACAGGGAGUUUGCCCGUUGGAAGGUGAGGAACACAGCCAUCGAGAGGAGGGACCUGCUCCACAACCCGCUGCCCCUGAUGCCCGAGUUCCAGAGGAGCAUCCGCCUGCUGGGCAGGAGACCCACCACGCAGCAGUUCAUCGACACCAUCAUCAAAAAGUACGGCACCCACAUCCUCAUCUCUGCCACCCUGGGAGGAGAGGAGGCCUUGACCAUGUACAUGGACAAAAGCCGCCUCGACAGAAAGUCAGGAAACGCCACCCAGAGCGUUGAAGCUUUGCACCAGCUCGCCUCCUCCUACUUUGUAGACCGUGAUGGCACCAUGAGGAGACUCCAUGAGAUCCAGAUCUCUACCGGAGCGAUCAAGGUAACAGAAACUCGGACCGGCCCCCUGGGCUGUAACAGCUACGACAAUCUGGACUCUGUGAGUUCUGUCCUUCUGCAAAGCACUGAGAGCAAACUCCACCUGCAAGGUCUCCAGAUCAUCUUCCCUCAGUAUUUACAGGAGAAGUUUGUCCAGUCUGCCUUGAGUUACAUCAUGUGCAACGGCGAGGGCGAGUACAUCUGCCGGGACAGCCAGUGCGGCUGCCAGUGCUCCGAGGAGUUCCCGCAGUGCAACUGCCCCAUCACCGACAUCCAGAUCAUGGAGUACACCCUGGCAAACAUGGCCAAGACCUGGACUGAAGCCUAUAAAGAUCUGGAGAAUUCAGAUGAGUUUAAAUCCUUCAUGAAAAGGCUACCUAGCAACCACUUCCUGACCAUUGGGAGCAUCCACCAGCACUGGGGGAACGACUGGGACCUGCAGAACCGCUACAAGCUGCUGCAGAGCUCGCUGGAAGCCCAGCGCCAGAAGAUCCAGCGCACUGCCCGCAAACUCUUUGGCCUCAGUGUCCGGUGUCGGCACAAUCCUAACCACCAGCUGCCUAGGGAAAGGACGAUACAGGAAUGGCUCACCCGAGUCCAGUCCCUGCUCUACUGCAACGAGAACGGGUUCUGGGGGACCUUUCUGGAAAGCCAGCGGAGCUGCGUUUGCCAYGGCGGCACCAGCCUGUGCCAGCGCCCCAUCCCCUGCAUCAUCGGGGGCAACAACAGCUGUGCCAUGUGCAGCCUGGCCAACAUCUCCCUCUGCGGCUCGUGCAACAAGGGCUACAAGCUUUACCGGGGCCGCUGCGAGCCCCAGAACGUGGACUCGGAGCGGAGCGAGCAGUUCAUCAGCUUUGAGACGGACUUGGACUUCCAGGACCUGGAGCUGAAGUACCUGCUGCAGAAGAUGGACUCGCGCCUGUACGUGCACACCACUUUCAUCAGCAACGAGAUCCGCCUGGACACCUUCUUCGACCCGCGGUGGCGCAAGCGCAUGUCCCUCACCCUGAAGAGCAACAAGAACCGGAUGGACUUCAUCCACAUGGUGAUCGGGAUCUCCAUGCGCAUCUGCCAGAUGCGCAACAGCAGCCUGGACCCCAUGUUCUUCGUCUACGUCAACCCCUUCAGCGGGAGCCACUCGGAGGGCUGGAACAUGCCCUUYGGGGAGUACGGCUACCCGCGCUGGGAGAAAACCCGCCUCCAAAACAGCCAGUGCUACAACUGGACCCUGCUGCUGGGCAACCGGUGGAAAACCUUUUUUGAGACCGUCCACAUCUACCUACGCAGCCGGACUCGGCUGCCCACCCUCCUGCGCAACGAGACUGGCCAAGGGCCCGUGGACCUUUCCGACCCCACCAAGCGCCAGUUCUACAUCAAGAUCUCGGAYGUGCAGGUCUACGGCUACAGCCUGCGCUUCAACGCCGACCUCCUGCGCAGCGCCGUGCAGCAGGUCAACCAGUCCUACACGCAGGGCGGGCAGUUCUACUCCUCCUCCUCCGUCAUGCUCUUGCUGCUGGAUAUUCGGGACCGAAUCAACCGCCUGGCGCCUCCGGUGGCCCCRGGGAAGCCGCAGCUGGAUCUGUUCUCUUGUAUGCUCAAGCACCGCCUGAAGCUCACCAACAGCGAGAUCAUCCGAGUGAACCACGCGCUGGACCUGUACAACACCGAGAUCCUCAAACAGUCCGACCAGAUGACGGCCAAACUCUGCUAACCCCGGACUUAGCAAUGGACACCUUGGUGAUCGAUCGUUUUGCUGUAAAAA